AGUUCUAACAAGGGGGAAAAUCUUAGUAGAAAAAACAAUCGACGAAAGGAGGCGAUAUUUGAACCCUGAACUCAACGACGUAUGAGAGGGUCACAGGUCACGUGCCCAUGCCGCACAGCAGAGCAACAUGUCCAACGUGAGAGUUUGAAUUAUCGAGAUAUUAAUCUGAUCGCAAAUCAGAAGAUACAGCACAGUUAUACGACAACAUGUUGGAUCUCAAGAUUAACAAGAAGUUUGCAGAGAAGUAUGAGAAAUAUCGCCAGAAAGAAGAACUGCAGAGACUGAAGGACCGUUAUGGAGACCAGGAUGAGGAAAAUUCAUCAAACUCCUCCGAAUCUGACUCUGAUGACAGUGAAGUGGAGCUGGAUCCAAAGUUGGACAGAGAUUUUUACAGAACUCUCUCGCUUCUGAAGAAGAAGGAUCCGAAGAUCUAUCAGAAAGAUGCCAAAUUCUACACAGAAGAGAAGUCUGGGUCAGGCAGCGAUGAGCAACCGUCCACUUCAAAACAGUCAGAGAAACCCAUGUUCCUGAAGGACUAUGAGAGGAAAGUCAUUCUGGAAAGAGGAGGAAAAUAUGAGGACGAUGAUAGUGCUGAUGAAGAAAUCUCUGCAAAGAUGCAGGAGAGAGCUGCAUCUCCCACCUACAUCCAGGAACAGAAGGAGAUACAGGAAAGUUUGCGCAAGUUUGUCCAAGACAGUGAUGAUGAGGACAGUGAUGAUGACGGACAGUUUUUGACACGGAGGAACAAAACACAAGAGGAGAAGGACAAAGAGGAGGCUGACUAUGUGGAAUGGCUAAAGGGUCAAGCAGAGCUGGACGAGAAGGAAGAACUUAAGGACAUGAAAUACCUGCGGGACUACUGGAACAAUCCUCAGUUGGAUGAGAAAGAGUCUUUCCUGCGAGACUUCAUGCUCAACAAAGGCUACAUGGAGGAGGAGGAUGAAGAGAGGAUCCCCACAUAUAAUGAGCUCAUGCAGGAUGAUGUGGAUGAUUCAGAGGAUGAAGGAGAAUCAUUUCUGCACAAGCAGGAAGACUUUGAGAGGCAUUACAACUUCCGCUUUGAGGAGCCUGAUGCUGGAAAAGUCAAAACAUAUCCCCGCAACAUUGCAACUUCUGUCCGCAGCAAAGACGACAGGAGAAAGAGGAAGAGAGAGGAGGUUAAAGAGAGGAAGAAGAAGGAGAAGGAACAGAAGCAGCAGCAGCUGAAGGAACUGAAGAAUCUGAAGCGAGCGGAGAUCAUGGAUAAACUAAAAAAACUGCAGGAGCUGACAGGAAAUGAACAGCUGGCCUUCAAUGACGUUGACCUGGAUGGAGACUUUGACCCUCAGCAACACGACCAGCUUAUGCAGAAGGUCUUUGGUGAUGAAUACUAUGAAGAGAAUGAGGAAGAAAAACCACAGUUUGAAGGCGAUGAGGAAUUUGAAGAUAAUUGGAACUGGGACACAUGGGUGGGAAAACAGGAGAAUGAGGAAGAGCAUGACCCUGAGGAAGACUAUACUGCGGAGGAGCACUACCAGCCCAACUGUGAUGAUCCUGACUUUAUAAUGGAUGCAGAUUACGACCCAAGCCAACAGGCCGUUUCUAAAAAGAAAAGAAAAAAAGAGAAAGAGGAGAAGAAAAAGAAGAGCAAAGAGGACGUACCUCUCAUGGGAAAGAAGAGGAAAAAGUCCCACUUUGCCGAGAUCAUCAGCAAAAGCAAGCCUGUUUUUGAUCCAAAGGAGAAGAGCUUCGAGCAGUACUUGGACGAGUACUAUAAACUGGACUUUGAGGACAUCAUUGAUGACCUGCCGUGCAGAUUUCGCUACAGAGAAGUGGUAUCCAAUGACUUUGGGCUGAGCACUGAUGAGAUUCUGAAUGCAGGGGAUAAGGAGUUGAACCGCUGGUGCUCACUGAGGAAGACCUGCAUGUACAGGUCAGAAAGGGAGGAACUCUGUGACGUGAAGAACUUCCAGAUAAAAGCACGCGAUGUCAAGAAGAAACAGCAAGUGUUCGUGUCUUUGUUUAAUGAAAAUGAUGGUCAGGAGGAGCAAAAAGAUACCAAGGGGAAGGUGGGAAAGAAGAGGAGGGAUCGUCUAAAGAAAGCCGAGCUCACGGAGAAGAGCGACACCACUGUGACUGAAGAGACACCUGAACCUCCUUCAGCAGAGCAAGCAGACGUCCUGGACUUCAAAGAAAGCAAUGCAAAGGAAGAGGAGGACGAUGAGGAGUUUCUUGUUCCUAAGAAAAAGAUGAAGCUGGCAGAGACCGUGGUAACCAAGAAGAAAGAGAUAGGCAGUGAAAGAACUGAAAAACCCAAAAGACCCAGAAAGAAAAUGCGUCGCUCCGGCGGACGGCUGCUGAAGUCUAUGACUGUGAAGAUGGCCGGUCGAGAGUUCAGCAGACAAAGACUUCAAGCCUACGGGCUCAAUCCAAAGAGACUCCACUUCAGAGAGCUGUACAGACAGAAACGGAAAGAGCGAGAGAAACAGGAAAAGCAGCAGAAAAAGAGCAAACAGUGAUGCUGGAAAUCAACGCCAUUUUGAUUGAGUUGUCAAUGAGGGACCAGAAACAGUUGAAAUGAUAGAACUGUAUUAUUAACACGUUCAUUUCAAUCUUAAAAGUUUCCAAAUCAUCUCUGAAUGCUUUCUCUGUUUUUCUUUUUUAAUUAAAAGAGUUUUUGUGGAAUUAAAGCCUUUUCUUUCACAUUCCUUCUUGAGUAUGGAAACCUUUAGUAUUCUAGUUAAUCUUCUGCUUUAGCGUUAGUUGUUCAGUUUUCAAAUAACAUUACAAUAUAACAAUAUAUAAAGUUGUGUUGAUUCAGUGAAAACUUCUUUUUAAUACUUUUAUUCUGUCCAUUUUCAAUGAUGCUUAAUCAUUUGGUAACACUUUAUUUUGAUGGUCCAUUUGAGCAUUAGUAGACUGUCUGCUUAAUAUCUGUUGAUACUGCUCCUUCAACCGACAUUUAACUGACUAUAAGACACUUUGCAAGUACAUGUCAACUUACACUAACCCUAACCCCAACCUAACAGUCUACUUAUAAUCUAAUGAGAAUUAGUUGGCAUGUAGAUGCAAUGUAACUUAAAUUCAACAAACAGGCCAUCAAAAUAAAGUGCGACCAAUUAUUUUAAUAAAGGUGUUAGUUCAUUUGUUAAGUCUUUUUAAAAAGAAACAGAAACGAAACCAGAGUUGAGAGCUGGCAAACUAUUGUAUGACUUUUAUCAGUUGAAAGACCCAAGUAGUUCUUCUCAAGAAAAAAAUAAAUAAAUGAAAGGUUUCAUUUAACUCAGUGAUGCCCAAACUAGGGCCCACGGGCCAAAGUUGGCCCAUGGUAAUCUUUGAUUUGGCCCGCCAUCCCAUAUUAGAAGAGGGGGGAAAUGAUGGGGAUGGACUGUCAUUUCGAAUUUAACGUGACCUUUUAUUUGUUUGUUUUAUUGUUAAGCCACAGAAAAGGCUAACUAAAAUUAAAUGUUUCAAUGUAAAAUUCAAAUUUUAAAAUGAAUCAGAUUUGGUUUAAAAUGUACAUACUGUCACCCAAUGGAUAAAGGACUUUGGUGAGCAAACUAAGGCAAAAGCAGGUUCUGCUUGACAAGUGUAUUCAGUGCUGAACUCCAGCGUGGUAUAAAUGUGACUGUUUAUGAUUUUA